AUGCCCACAAAAACUGAUCGAAUUCCUCAUGGAAUCGCCCUUUUACGAAGCUUCCGAAUAACGCGUUUGCUACGGCACCUGACUCUGAUGAAACUGCUCCUUCUUCCUUCUUCCGUUGUGAUUUUUGUUUCCGUCGGGAAAGAAUACUUGGCAGUGAAAAUGUUGGUUUCUUUGAUAAACCUGACCGUGACGUGGGAUAGUCCUCAGUGCUUGGUGUUAACCCUUCAUCCGGGUACAAGGUCGGAAGGGAAUGCGGAGAUUUGGAUUCCGCGAGCUUUGUUUUAUACGGCAGCUGCGGUUGCGGCCGACUUCGAGGCAAAGUUUGCGUGUUCACCGUACGGAGAGGGGGAUCCGAGUCAUAUGCCCGAUCAAAAUCACAGAAAUCGCUCGAGCCUUAAGUGUGAGAAGCCACCAGUCGGCGAGCAAAUUAAGAAUAAAGGGCGAGUGGCUGUAUAUGCUGCCUACGGGGCAUCUUGCUCUGUAAAAAUGGAGUCGUUGGCUGUCAUUCCUCAAAGAUUUGGCCCCGCAAAUAGGCUAGAAUCUCUACUAAAUCCAUCCACUCACAAUGACAUUUUCACAAAAUACCAAGAGCUCGUUAGCUAUCUAUGGAAUAUACGUGUGCUAAAAGGGUAUCCAUACAUCCGUCAACCGCCGAACAAACUAUCAGUCAUAGUAAAGUUAAACUUCUUAGCCAUUGAGAACCGGAUACAGUGUCCAUAUGUUACGAUUCUACAAACGAUAAAACGUGUUCUGUUUGAUCCGUCAGUUUGUCUCUUUCCCUUUGCGAAACAUUCCUUCACUCAGACGUCUCCUCAUAGAAAGUUUGAACGACGAACAAACACGGCAGCAGAGGAGAGAGUAUUCCGCAACGCAGCCAACAACACGAUCACCUUCAAAAACAGAUCGGCUAUGCUAGAUGGCCAAAUGUUUGCACCCUUCUUUGGGGCAUACACCGUCAAUCCAUGGGACCCAUUAACUGACAACGCCUCAUAUGACCUCGGAAUGGAAGCGCAGGCAACUUUUGGAAAUUUCCUAAUUCUUUCAACAGAUCACCCAAUUCGUCUUCCGGCGCAUAAAGAAAGUUCCAGAAAACAGCUGCAGGAUUCUAGCUUGGAGAGGAGGGUAGAAAUACCCAGUGCAACCAGCAAAGUAACCACCGUAAAGCCCAGCAACAAGGCCAAUGACACGCCAACCAACCGCCUUGGACACCUGGAGCGGAAAGACAGGAGAAAUCAAGUCACAAGUGAUAGAACAAAGAAAGAGAGCGAUGACGUACACGUUAAAUUGGAAGAUAACUCACCAAACCGAAUACGAUCACAGCUCCAACCGAGCUACGACUCAAAAGAGAAGGGAACAGUUCCAGAGGCCAAGAUGAAACCACAGAUUGUAGAAUGA